AUGGUCUCUUGUGCCGAUAUCUUGGCCAUUGCUGCUCGGGAUGCUGUUGAAAUCCUUAGCAACUAUAAGCUUCAUUACAAUGUGGAAAUUGGACGAUUCGACUCCAAAACUGCAAACAGAACUGCAGCAAACAAUUUAAUUCCUCGUCCAACUUGGAGUAUCAGUGCUCUUAUCACAAACUUCAAAAAUCAUGGCCUUAACGAAACGGACCUUGUUCUUCUCUCAGGUGCUCACACGAUCGGGCUAGCAAGAUGCACGAGCUUCAAGAGUCGGUUAUACAGUGAGACCAAUAGCCUCGACAAAAAGUUUGCCAAAAAACUACGUGAAAUCUGCUCGCCAGAUGAUAGUAAAACCGGAAACAACACGGCCAGUUUGGAUUACCAAACGCCACACUUUUUUGACAAUAGUUAUUACCAAAACAUCAUCAAUAAUAAGGAUGUCCUCGCGUAUGAUACCUAA